GGGAGUUGGGCCAAGCCCACAUUAUAGCGUCGACUUUCAUUACGAAUUUACGAUACCCUGAGAUACUUAGCCACCGUGAGUGGUUGGUUACUUGGUUCAUUCCUCCCUCCGCACAAAGGCGGCGGCGAUGGGUUGCUCAGCUCUUCCCAUGGCCUCCUCAUGACAUUCAAACACAUCUCCGCUCUUUCUCUCUUCCGGAAACCAAACUCCUGCUCAACCUUCCGCCAAAGCCAUUUCAUCUCCAUGGCCGCCCAAGCUUCUGCAGACCUUUCCCACAACGAAGACGACCUUCUCUGCGCAGAGAACGCCGAAUCGGAGGGAGAAAGCUUUCGGUCUUCUGAUUUGGGGCGUCCGCAUGGGUACUUGAGUGGGGAGGCGCGGAUUGAGAGAGCUUGGGCUCACUGGAAAAUGCUGGGGCAGCCCAAAUGCAUAGUCGCCCCCAUGGUCGACAACUCCGAGCUUCCUUUUCGUAUGCUCUGUCGUAAGUUUGGCGCCCAAGCUGCAUAUACGCCUAUGCUCCAUUCCCGUAUUUUCACCGAGAAUGACAAGUAUCGAUCUCUAGAAUUCACCACUUGCAAGGAGGACCGACCACUGUUUGUUCAAUUCUGUGCAAACGACCCUGACAUUUUGCUGGAAGCUGCUCGAAGAGUCGAACCAUAUUGUGAUUAUGUGGACAUCAACUUCGGGUGCCCUCAGCGUAUUGCAAGGCGGGGGAACUAUGGAGCUUUCCUUAUGGAUAAUCUUUCUCUAGUCAGGUCUCUGGUAGAAAAACUGGCUAAUAACCUCAGUGUCCCUGUUUCAUGUAAAAUCCGUAUUUUCCCUGAUUUGCAAGAUACGAUCAAUUAUGCCAAGAUGUUGGAGGAGGCUGGUUGUGCUCUUCUAGCCGUGCAUGGACGAACAAGGGAUGAAAAAGAUGGGAAGAAAUUUCGAGCAAACUGGGAUAUCAUCAAGGCUGUUAAAAAUUCAGUGAGAAUCCCCGUACUUGCUAAUGGAAAUAUUCGACACAUGGAUGACGUACAAAGUUGUUUGGAAGAGACUGGUGUAGAGGGUGUUCUUUCAGCCGAGUCUCUUCUCGAGAACCCUGCCCUCUUUGCUGGAUAUAUGACAACCGAGUGGACGAAUGGAAGUAUAGGAAUUAAGGAAGAUGGCACAGUUGACCAGGCUGAGUUAGUGGUGGAGUAUUUGAAGUUUUGCGAGAAAUACCCUGUGCCAUGGAGAAUGAUUCGUUCUCAUGUGCACAAGAUGUUGGGAGAAUGGUUCAAGCUCCAGCCAGACGUAAGGGAGGAUUUUAAUAAACAAUACAAACUUACAUUUGAAUUUCUUUAUGGUUUGGUAAAUCAGCUAAGGGAACGUGGUGUGCGGAUACCUUUAUACGUGAAGAACCCUAACAAUGAAGGAAUGUCUACAAAUGGAAUAGUUGCAUGAGAUCUGUUUUCUCGGAUGAAAUUGUGUGUUUCCAUCCAGAUUUCUAAAUGAUUUCAUUCCAAGAACAUCAACUUACUACUCGCUUUUCCUAUUGUUCUUUUCAGUCUUACUUAUGAUGGUUACUGGUUCCCCAAACGAACACUGUGACAUGCCCGACUAAAGUUUCUACAAACCAGACGGAGAACAUUAAAUCUCGACACUUGAGGUGCAAGGUUAAAACUUAGCCUUUCGAUCACUCACUGCAUUAGUUUUGCUAGGAAUUUAUACACAAGCAUUUGUAAUUCACCUUGUUGAAAAAGGUUUGUAUGUACCUUUAUAUAGUCUCACUCACAGUCACAUACUCACAUGUAUGGUUAAUGAGCAUCCAUUGGAUAUUUGAGGCUUUUUGAUUUCUUCCAA